GCAAAGUGAAAAGGGUAGAACGAGGGAACCCCGGGAGCGGAAGCCGGCAGCACAGUACAGAUAAAGGGCAAGAGAAAUAAAAGGGAGGCUAAAAAUCAGGGGUGUCCCGAGAGGAGUGGCAAGAAAGAAACAAAGAGCAUAAGGGAGAUUGAAAGAGGGCAAGGGAGGGGAGGGAGAAGAGAAGAAAAAGAUAGAGUCUGUAAGAUACAGACGGGGGCAACUAGAAGCGGAAUCGAACGAACAGUCAGUGAUCGGAGGCAGGGGAAAUAGAAACAGUGGACUAACUGUAUUAGGGAAUAAAAGAGUUUUGUAGUUGAAUUUGGGGGGGGAAGGUCAACUAUAGGGAAACGAGGGUAAAAGAAAGGGAGCAUUUAAGGAGGAGAAGGGCAUUGGGAUAAAUGGGGGGACAGAAAGUGGGUAAAACAGAUAUGGACAGUUAGAGGGAGAGGGCAAUCGGCGGGAAAAUCGAGUCCGCAGAAGCGAGAUUCAAAUACUGGAGAUAUAAUCAGACAAUUUGCAAACCGGGGGAGAUUAAACCAAUAUAAACUAUAAAUAGAAAACAAAACCAAUUGAGCAAUUGAAAUCAAUCAGUCCUUGAUAGGAACCAAUCAGGGCAAUUGAAAUUGGAUUUAAAAGAGUUCGUGGGUUGCCCGGUAGAAGGAGUUAGUUGGGGUCUACAGGGUUGGAUUAGGUGCCUGCGAUCAGAGUUUAUGGCACAUCUCGGAAGGUACACCCAUGCCAUCGUCAGGGCCGUCCCGAAUGCGAUGCUGCAGCGGGAGAGGGAGGAGGUGUCGGGCGGAGCGGCCUCGGAGUUGAAUGUGGCCAAGCUGCAGCGGCAGCUCGGGGUCUACACCGGUAUCCUGAGGCAGAAGCUGGGCUUGCAGGUGGUGGAGCUGCCGGCGCAGGAAGAGCCUGGCUGGCCUCACAGCCUCCGGGUGGAGGACAUCGCCGUGGUCCAGGGCGACACGGCACUGCUCACGCGUCCCUGGGACCCAGACCGCAGGAAAGAGGUGGACACUGUGAAGACCAUACUGCAAGAGUUGAAGUUGCGUGUACUGGAAGUGACUGACGAGGAAGCAACUCUUGAUGGCAGUGACAUCUUAUUCACAGGACGUGAAUUCUUUGUUGGGAUCUCAAAAUGGACUAAUCAUAAAGGAGCGAAAUUUGUUGCAGAGGCUUUUAAGGACUUCACAGUGUCUGAGGUGCACAUCCCUGAGCCUCAUCAUCUCAAGAGCUUCUGCAGCAUGGGAGGUCCCAGCACGAUUGUUGUUGGGAGUAGCGACCUUGCUCGAAAGACAAUCAAGGCAAUGGAGCAACUGACAGACUUCACCUACGAAAAACUGACUGUGCCAGAUGACGCCGCAGCCAACUGCAUCUACGUGCGGGUCGCUAACAAGUUUGAUACGCUGGUGCAUCGGUCGGCUGAGGAAUUUCCAGAAAGCUCUGCAGUUUUCCAGAAGCUGCCAGACUACACGCUAAUACCAGCCUCCUGUACAGAGGUAGCAAAACUCGGAGCUGCCCUCAGUUUUUGCUGCAUUCUAAUCAAUAAGAAGUAUUAAGAACCGGGACCCAGUUAAGGCCUCUCAGCCUUGGCUCAACUGUGGAAUAGAAUAGAAUUGGCUCUGAAUGAUUGGAUGCACUGGAAUGCUUGCAUCAGGAAUCUGUUGCUCCUCCCCCUCAAAUCCUUGUCUGUAAGGUGUGUGUGUGUGUUUGUUUGUUUGUGAGUGAGUGAGAGAGCGUGAGAGAGAUCGGGCCCCAGCCCACAAGCAAUUGAGCAAAGCUGUAUUGCGUGGGGAAAGUCUGGAGAGGGCAGUGUAGUGACAUCUAGUGUUUUCCUGCAUUAUUGCAGCUUUUGCUCUGGGAAUUAUUCGGGAUAUGGAUGAUCAUUGUCCCUUCGUCAGGAAAUGUGGAUCCUGGUGGCUUUCAGGAACUUGUUAACUUUUCUAUUUAAUAUUUUUUUUUAAAUACCGAAGUGCUUGACAAUAUCUAUGGGUUUUCUCGUUUCCUACCACAAAUUCUGGCCAUCUGGAGGGGAGUACUGGGAAUUCCAGUGUUUGAUCCUAGUUUGUGGCUCGUUUGAGCAUAUUGUGGAAUGUAGGGAGUCAAGAAUCAAUGAUAUUCCUGGAACCUCGCCAUAACCCUGUUCCUUAUACAAUGGGACAAAAAUGUUAAUACUAUUGAAACACAACGUUCAUCUUUUUAAAAUGUUCACAUUGCUGUAUUUCAUAUUUUGGGGUCAAAUAAUUGAAUGAAAAGGUCGGAAUACAUCCUUUUGCGAUUUUUUAGCUGUUGACGGCAUUUCCUCCACGAAGGCUUUCCAAUCUUCCCCUUCAGUUAUUUCCAGAAGGCGAUGUCUAUUGUUAUCAGGAAAAUCUUCGUCUUUCUGUUUUGAAGGAAGAUAUAUUUUAAGCUGCUUUUGCAUCUAACACCGCAGGGAGACGGCAUCCUCCUUACCUCCUCUGCUGAGAGUCUGUCCAGGUGAGGAGGGUCAACCAUUCUACACAGCUUGAUGCAAAUAUACUAAGACUUGUAUUUUUGACCCCUUCAAGCCCUGCUCAGAUGCCGGUAACGCAAUUCCCUUUGACCACCCUGGUCCCAACUCCUCACUGACAUUUGUAGCAACUGGUAUUGGAGAGAGGGGGCAGCUGCCUGCUGUUCCGCGUGUUGCCAGCAGGCGCCGCUCGUUCCCGCAGUCGCCGCGUCCCGCUUCGUUGCAGAUGCAACAGCGUCCUCUGGAGUUGGAAGUUGGGGCUGCAGAAGUUCAGAACCACUUAUGCUUUUAACAUUAACUUUGUGAUCCUAAACUUGUACUAACAGUACGGCAUAAUUGAGCGUGGCUGUUUGUUCUUGUAAUGCGUUCAAGUAGAUAUUUGGUUUAACGAGCAGAAGGCGAGCAACUUUAUUCCGAAAAGGGAUAACGUGUGCUAUGUGUUGGUCGGGCGCUUGAUUUUUCUGUGGCCUUAUUCGUGACCCCUGUGCCAGCGAGUAUUAACCGAACGUUAGAAGAAGGAUAUUCUUUCUUAUAAUGUUGCUUGAUGAACUAAAAAUAUCUCCAGCUUGUGUGUGGGUCGUUCUUUAUUAUCCAAACCCAGGAUCACUAAGUGAAGCUGAAAUGGCCUCGCAUGCGAGUUGUGAGACUAGAUAUAAACUCUGAGUGCUCUCCCAGUACUGGACUGAUCUUUCGCCAAAGCUGGCUUGUAUGUCUGAAACCAGUCUUUACGCGGGAUAUUCCUGUCGUCGCUGUAGCCCGAUCAUCCUAAAAUGUAUCAUGUCACACCUCCGUUCUGUGAGAGCACAUUAGGGAAGAGCCAGUCACACGGUACUUUGACCACUUUUUUGUAUUGAUUCCUCCUCACCCUUUUUGUAAGCAAUUAAAAAUGAAAAAUGCAGAAUAUAA